UCCUCCUCUUCGAUUUUCAAAUUCCCUUUCUUCCUCAUUUCCAUUCCUCCUGCAAAAUUUCUUACUCUAAUUAUUAUACAUCUAUCUAUAUAUCAAUUAAUUCAUGGCAAAUAAUAAUAAUAAUAUCAUAAAAGAAGGCGAUCGAUCGCCUCGUAUUAUAUUACAUGAACCUACCGGAUCAACCGUUGAGGUGAUGUUGUAUGGGGCUCAGGUUAUUUCUUGGAAGAAUGAACGGAGAGAAGAACUACUUUUCAUGAGCAACAAGGCAGUUUGGAAACCACCUAAACCCGUCAGAGGUGGCAUACCCAUUUGCUUUCCACAGUUUGCAAAUUUUGGUACACUGGAGCAACAUGGAUUUGCCAGGAACAGAUUAUGGUUGUUAGACGAUGAUCCUUCUCCAUUAUCUCCAGCUAACAAUCAAUCCAGUGCAGAUCUUUUAUUAAAAUCAACAGAAGAGGAUCUGAAAACAUGGCCGUAUAGAUUUGAGUUGCGGCUUCGCAUUUGUGUCAGUGCUGGCAAGCUAACAUUGAUCCCUCGCGUGAGAAAUGUAGAUACCAAGGCCUUCUCGUUUACCCUUGCUCUGCGUAAUUAUUUUUCUGUAUCUGACGUCAGUGAAGUACGUGUAGAGGGCUUAGAGACACUUGAUUAUUUCGAUAAUAUGUUAAAAAGAGAACGGUACACUGAGCAGGCAGAUGCCAUUACUUUUGACGGCGAGAUUGAUCGUGUGUAUUUGAGUACACCUACUAAAAUUGCCAUAAUAGACCAUGAGAAGAAGAGAACAAUUGUUCUACGUAAAGAAGGCAUGGUGGAUGCAGUUUUGUGGAAUCCUUGGGACAAAAAGGCAAAAGCAAUUCCCGAUUUGGCUGAUGAGGACUAUAAAACCAUGUUAUGUCUUGAUGCUGCAGCUGUCGAAAACCCAAUAAACCUAAAACCAUGUGAAGAAUGGAAAGGUCGUCAAGAGCUAUCUAUAGUGUCCUCAAGUUAUUUCAGUGGGCAGUUAGAUCCACAGAAGGUUAUAAAUGGCUUACGCUGAUGCCGAGCAAAAUGCAGAUCUUCCAUUAAUUUCCAGGUUUUUUUUAACAAUCUGCAAUAUUAAUGUUGCUUCUACCUUCUACAUUGAUUUGGUGUGUAGGGUUCGUUAGAUUAUAUAUACCAUAAUAUUCCAGUUGAUCAGUGAGACUGUUGCAUUUAGCUAUGAUCUGAUCCACCAAAUAUACCUGGUACAAUUAGGUCAACAAAUUGCCACUCUUAUAAUUGUGUAAUUGUUCUCAAUUUUUAUUAUGGGAUUCACGAGCAACAUAAACUAUAUGUAUCUAUUCAGAGGUUUGAAAUCAAAUUGUGUUACUCGUUUGAAUUUGA